AUGCAACAUUUAUUCACGCCAGUGUACUAUAUCAAAGUUGUAACUUCCAAUAAGGCGGAUGCGGUGACCAAUGCACUGAUGUAUAUCAGAAUAUAUGGUGAAACAGGAGUCACUGGAAAUAUACUUUUGGAUAAUAAAACUCGAGAUGACUUUGAAAGAGGAAGGUAAGUGUAGUAUCAUUAUUACAUCAAUCAUCAUCACCAUCAUCAUCAUCAUCAUCAUCAUCAUCAUCAUCAUCAUCAUCAUCAUCAUCAUUAUAUAGUAUUUCGUUUCAUUUGGCUACACAGAUGAACGAAACAAUCUAUCUUAGUUUGCAUGCGACAUAUUGGGAAAAUCUGAGCAAAAUAAAAAAAUGAAAUAAAAUAAAAUAAAAAACGACCAACAAUUUCACUGAUGCCUUUCUUGCCUGGAGGCCUUCAUAACAUUAGUCAAACCCCAAACCCUGAAACAGAGUAUAAUUCAGGCAUUGGAUCACCUCUUCAUCUAUUUUGUUAAGAUAGGGGUAACAAAAUCAAAACUGAGAAGCCAUGUUUUCAUGGUAGUCAGUAUUCAAUAGUCGGCACUAAGGGCACACUCUAUAAUCCAGAAAGUUUCUUUUAUCCUCCAUAAGGUGCCAUCUUCUCUACACUGGGGUAACCAGGUUCCCUCGUUGAUGUCCCACGGGAGAAAAAUAUGUUUUAAAUACAGAUCUAGAGAUCAAAUCUUGUGUAAAGUCUGGCAGAAUCUAUGAACCAGUUUCACACGUUGUAUAGUGCAAUUCACCAGAUAAAUCUCUGCAGUGAAUAAACAUUAGGGAAACCAAUUGCCCAUGUACUGGAUAAAGAUUCAUUAUCCAGUGGACAGUGUUAUCUACAUUUUAAACAACUUUGGCCAGCAUAGUUACCUAUACUAGCUGUAUUGGUUACUUAGUCAUAGAUGCUGCCCCACAAGAUCUCAUAUGAAGUGGAGAUAAAGAGUAGCGAUUGAAUGAUUAAAUGAUUGAUUGAUUGAUUGAUUGGUUGAUUAAUCUAUAAUUUAAUUGACUGCCUUUAGUGCUGUUUUUAGGGCUGACCUUUUUACGAGAGGUGAAAAGGAUGUUGGAAAUGUCAUUGGAUUGGAAGUCAAAAUUGAUAAAAUUUUGAGGGAGUCUGACGACAACAUCAGUGAUCCUAGCUGGGCUUUUGACUACGUGAGUUAUAGCCAAAGAGCUUUGCUUUCAAACAAAAAUCUAAAUUUUAUUUUAUUUGUAAACUUUGUUGAAAAGAGUUACUGUCGAUGAUCACUUGUGUCCCAUAUACUAGAAAGUUGGAAUAGUUUAAUUAUUUGUUGUUUUCUAGAUUGGCAUUAAGACUCCAAAUGACCCAAAUUACGCUGCGUUUUAUUUUGGUGGCUUGUUGAAGGAAGAUCAAUCGGUCAAUUUAUCCGGUGAGUGAUUAGUGAUGAGUGUCGUUGGAUUUAUUCAGUAUGUAUUAUUUGAUGCCAUGGUAAUAAUAGGCAGAUGUAACAACAAAAGCGGAACGUCAUUUGACGACGGAAGAGCGCGCAGAAAGGACAAAACUCGACUUCCGGUGCCCAAUUUUCCGCUCAGCCAUUGGUCAAGCCAGUUGUUUGAUUUGCGCGCGCCUUCGUCAACUGACGUUCCCGUUCUGUUAUUACAUCAGCCUAAUAAUAGGCACCUUAAGGUGACUCAACACAGUUUUUUUUUUUUUGGGGGGGGGGUACCAUCCUACUUUGAAGCUCUCUGGAAUCCCCACCUUUUCUCUUAUCGUAAGUCUAAUAAUAGAAUGGAUAACAUAUAGAUCAAUCUACAAUAUAACAUAACCUUUUUUGGCGAUCGGAAUAAAUGUCGCGUGGUUAUAAUGCCACGCCCCUUUGAGCUCUGAGUCGAAAAACUGCUGUUGCCGGCAUUUUUUCGUGAAAAUCUCUCGGCUACACAUAGUGCGCAUUAGUGCCUUGCGCUGAAGAGAGUUUCACCAAAAUCGCAAAGACCCAAUUCGAGAAAUUCAGCGGUUUCCAAAUUAAGGUCAUAAUUUAUGCUAAAAUGAUAAGCAAACUUUUCACGAUUAUACCUAAUAAACUAUGUGACUUAUCGCAUUAUUUUGUUGGGGAUCGUUAUAACAGAUGGGUCCUUGCAAGUCAGCAAAAAGCUUUAGGGCCUUGUAAAUGCGCGCGAUUUCGAGCAAAGCAAACAUAUAGAAAUUAUAGUUUUAGCUAUGUGUUGUCGUUUGUCAGCUUUUAAGAGUCCUUCUCACGAAAAAAGCAUUUUCUUAAAAAUUCGUAGUUUUUUAUCCUUCAAAUUUUUUAGGGNGGGGGGGGGGGUACCAUCCUACUUUGAAGCUCUCUGGAAUCCCCACCUUUACUUUUAUCGUAAGUCUAAUAAUAGAAUGGAUAACAUAUAGAUCAAUCUACAAUAUAACAUAACCUUUUUUGGCGAUCGGAAUAAAUGUCGCGUGGUUAUUAUGCCACGCCCCUUUGAGCUCUGAGUCGAAAAACUGCUGUUGCCGGCAUUUUUUCGUGAAAAUCUCUCGGCUACACAUAGUGCGCAUUAGUGCCUUGCGCUGAAGAGAGUUUCACCAAAAUCGCAAAGACUCAAUUCGAGAAAUUCAGCGGUUUCCAAAUUAAGGUCAUAAUUUAUGCUAAAAUGAUAAGCAAACUUUUCACGAUUAUACCUAAUAAACUAUGUGACUUAUCGCAUUAUUUUGUUGGGGAUCGUUAUAACAGAUGGGUCCUUGCAAGUCAGCAAAAAGCUUUAGGGCCUUGUAAAUGCGCGCGAUUUCGAGCAAAGCAAACAUAUAGAAAUUAUAGUUUUAGCUAUGUGUUGUCGUUUGUCAGCUUUUAAGAGUCCUUCUCACGAAAAAAGCAUUUUCUUAAAAAUUCGUAGUUUUUUAUCCUUCAAAUUUUUUAGGGCCACAAUUGAUUAACUAACUACCCGAAUUCUGAAUUUCAUGGUCAUUGGAAAACUGUGAUAUUAUCUUCUAUAGGCCCAAACUUGAGUAAAAAUUGAAGACUUUUAGCGUUUUGGCUGAGUUUGUGCUUUGGGAGUUGUCCAUUGUUUCUAGUCUGUCAUUAUACAGCAUUCUUGUUCAGCACGCGUGCAAUGACCACGCUUGGCUGACUUCCGAUGCUUCGAGAGAUUUUCCUCGAGAGCUUUAACCGGCCGGUCUUUGUUGCUUUUAACUCCAGUCAUGCAAGGGUCCCAAGUAUCAACGCAUUUUCUUUUUCCAGUUAAAUAGUAAAAAAUGAUUGGAUUCCCAGACGAACUUGCCAAGGAGCACAUUUUAGUAUGGGUUCGUACGUCUUUGUUUGGUUGAAAUCUGGUAUUUCCUUUAUUGAAACAGUUUGCAAUAGGUCCCUUGGUAUGGAAAGCGAAGUAAUCACUGACGCCCAGCUUUCUGCUUCUUCCGAAUGGGGUGGCAAUGUUUCACAUUCUCCGCGACAAGGCAGGUUGAAUUUCCAGAUGUCUCACAAUGUGGCGGGUGGUUGGUGCCCUCAUCCUAACGAUUCCAACCCUUGGCUUCAGGUUGAUUUUGGCAAUUGCACCAUAGUGACAGGCAUAGCCACACAGGGGAGAAAUGAAUGGGGAUAUUGGUGGGUUACUAAAUACCAGUUAAAUUACAGUGACAACGGAGUUGCUUUCAAAUUCUAUAUGGAGCCUCCGAGCACUUCGGCAAAGGUAAGCUUUUAUGACUUUUAUUUUUAUCAUUAGGGACCUUAAGAUACCCUGGACGCGGCGGUAAAAUUGCCGGAGAAAGCCUGGAGCGAGGACGCCGCCACAUUGACAGGAAAAACAAAUUAAGAUUAAGCAGGUUGCAUUGAGCGCUCGCCUGACGACAGAGGAUAAAGUAAUGCUUUCGUGUUUUAAUUCCAUGACAUCUUUUAGAAAAACUCGUGAAAUUAAUCUUGUUUGAUUGAUCUCUUAUUGAUCUUUUAUUGAAGAAAAAUAUGUGCUGCCGGCUAUGACUCCAGUUUCUCUAAAAUCCCCCGAAUUUCUUCGAGGGAAAUCGGAGUUCGGGUUAUCAGCUAUCUGUUCCCAGACUUUUCCCCUUUCCGUUGUUCUUUCUUUUAAAACAAUAUGGUUCUUUUAUGAGAACUUCCCAUAAUAAGGCGAUUUUGAUUUUCAGACCACUCCAGCGCUAAACUGAAAGUGAACAAAAUAAAACCAUUUAUUAUGAAAGUUAAUAAAUGAACCAUGGCGUCUUGUUCAAGAUCUCAAUUUUCUUCGACAUGUUCAAGUUUAUUACAAUUUGUUUUCUAACAAUUUUUAUUCUUCUCGUCUCUUAAAUUUUUCAAAUACUACCCUACAGCGAGAACGUUACCCCCAAAUGAGCAGUUAUAGUGUUACAUUUGUGUCGAAAGACUCUGCGCUUUCAUUCUCAGUUGCCGCCGAAACACUGAACCCAAAAGGCUUGAUAGCAAAAAAUAAGAGUCAAUCUCGGGAGAACACCACACUAAAAACACUUAAAUGUGUCUCUUGAAGUAAAACGGAUCGAAAAUCCUGUACGAAGAGCAAUUUCUGCACUCAAAACAAGAAAACUAACUCACCGUUUAACGAGGCGGCCAAACAUCGAGUUUUCACCGUCGCGACUUCAGGUCGACGCUGUGGCAUUAUGCUAAUUAGUUCCAAGAAUUGAACAUUUCACUUACUCGGCCGCGUCCAGAGUAUCUUAAGGUCCCUAUUGUUAUCAUUGUCAUCAUGUGAAGAGUUUGUGCCUAAGAGUCAAAGCCUGAUUACAACUGUAACUGACUUCAAAGGUAUUAUCUGGUAUUAUAUACGUCGACCAGUUAUUGAUCUCAAAUUCUGUUAGUUGACUGCAAAAUGUUUUUUUAGUGUCACUAAGAUUUCUACUGGUGGGAUUGCCGAACCGCUAGUUGCUACACUAAUAUUCGCAAGUCAUUAGUUAGCGGUUGUAGUCAUACGCAUACGCAGUUAGAGCUGCUCAGCUCUUGAGGGGAUUGCCUUAUUGAAACUCGUGUUUUUUGAUGUUUUGUGUUUCAUCUAGUUAAAUAUCCAACAUGUUUGUGUUUGAAACUAUUGACCGGUUCUACAAUAUUUAACAUCAAUCACUAUCAACGACAUUCCUAUUCACGACUAUGGUCACCCAGACAAUCAUGCUCCACUUGCAUUUGUUAUUUCUAUUGUUAUUAUAAUUCAUUAUUUUUCGUGUGUGCUGACAUUUGUCCUUUCAAAGUGGCCACACCAUAGAACGUCAUCCAAAUUCCGAGCAUUGAUAUUGUUUUACCACAAAUACUUUUUUCUUUUCAUAACGGCAUUUCAUUUUGGCUUGUCCUCACCUGAUAUAUAAAGACUGCUAAUGGACAUUCGAUCGUGUAACUGAACAUUUUUUUGUUGCUGAUUAAAAUAAACAUGCAUGCGAGGCGAAUUCUCUCGAACCAUCCCAUGAGUCUCAUUAUCCUUUACACAGUUUAGAGUGAAAAUGUUUACUGUCAACUUUUCACUUAUAGGUGUUAUGUUCGAAAUUGUAAUUUUUAUUUUACAUAGUGUCAACGCUAUCGAUUAAUUGUUGUAGUUCAUUUAUCAGGAACAUUGAUGGAAGCGAACAGCUGCUGAAAAUAGCAUUCAUCAAAUAUGCAUAUUUUAUUAGGUAUUCAUGUAUAAAAGCGCCGUAAAUUCUACAAAACCGUGACUAUUUGUAAUGUAAGGUCUCAAUCGUUCUCGCCACCCAUUCGAUUAGGCAAUUUUUAUGAUAAAACGUGAUCUAUUCGUUGCACCGAUUAAAAUCAAAUUGCUUUAGUGUUGACCAGUGUUAGUUUUAGUGUUUUAACCCUAAUACAACGAGAAGAGCAAAUGGGAUGGAUAAUUAAUGGAAUUAAGGUGGUUAUUAAUGUUAAAAAUAAAUUGUAUGCAUUUGGAGACGAAGUUAGGUACAAACACUAUAGAAAUAAAAUUUGUACACUGAUACGCGUAGGGAAAAUGAAAUACUAUAAUACGUUUUUCGAAAAUAAUAUGGCCAACAUGAAAAAAAAAAACCUGGCAAGGAAAGGAAUCAAUAAACUUUUACAUCGACGGGAAAAAAAGAAACAGACAAACCAACUUAAAAGUCACAUCUGCACUAGAGGAUUUUAAUAAUCGCAACAAAAUUGUUAAGGAUGGUUUGCGGAGUAUUCAUUGAUCUUAAAAAAGCCUUCGACACUGUCGAUCACGACAUUUUGCUUGAUAAGCUCAAUCACUAUGGCUUUCGUGGAAUAAUUAAUGAUUGGUAGUAUAUCUGGCGAAACGAAGGGACUAAGUCGUUUUAUGGCACCUACGCCAGAGACAAUCUUUUGGAUAGUUUGUCGAUAUGACUAUGCCACGCCAUGUUAUCAUUAAAAAAAUAAUAAUAAUAACAAAUAAAUCAAUCCAAAGUAAAUUGGUAGUGGAUACGUGUUUUAUGGAAGCAUUAUCUAUCGCAAGAUUACGGCAUUCAGACAAUGUAGCAGAACGAUUAACAGUUUGGCAAAUUGCUAAAUAUAGAUAGAAGUAGAAGAGGGCCUAGGAUAGUUCGCUGAGGAACCCCUCAGCCCAAAGAACAGACUUUGGAAAGCAAACCGUUAACAACACAUUUCUAGGUAAGGUUGUUUAAACAGGAUUUAAACCAAUCGUAAGAAGUCUCCUAUAUUCCGUACAGACUUAGUCUAGUUAAAACAACAUCGCGAUCAACGGUAUCAAACGCUUCCUUCGGGUCCAGGAAAACCAUUGCAUUUACAUUACUGCGAUAUAUAUUGAAAGCCCAGCUAUUAGUCAGUUCUAAGAGAGCAGUGAGAGUCGAGUGCAAGGAGCAAAAACCUGAUUGUUGGUUAGUGAUGAUCUCUUCAUUAAUAAUAGUAAAAAAGCUAUACAAUUGAUCAUACACUAUUCUCUCGAACAAUUCAGCUAUUUACUGAGAUUACAGAGAUUGACCGAUAAUUAUUCACAAUAGUUCGUCCACCUUGUUUAAAUAAUGGAGUCAUUACAGCGUAUUUCCAGUCAUCUGGAAAUAAACCAGAUCUUAGAGACGUAUUGAAAACUGACAAAGAGGGAUCGAGAUAAGAUCCACACAUUCUCGAAUUAGUUUUGCACAAAUAAAUUACUAUAUAGACUUGUUGCUUUGGUUUUAGAUAGAUUAUUUAAGAAAGAAAAAAACAUAACUACAACUAAUUGGAAUGAAAAAGAACUUGUUGCUGCCAACAUUGUAAUCAACAUAUUUGAAUCACUGGUAAAAAGGGGUACCCCAUUGGCAAGUUUGGUUUUAAUUGUUGAAAAGUGAUCAUUAAGCACCAAUUAAAUGGAGGUGGGGGACCCCAGAUAGGUGAGGUAACAUUCGGCGGGUCACCCCACCUAUUAUGUACACGUGAUCAAAUUAAAUUGAAAUAUUAUAUGGAUAGGUGGGUUACCCCACCUAAGCGGGUUAUCUCACCUACCUAGGGUCCCGUGCCUCCAUGGAAACAGGCCCUAAAUGCAUUGGAGAACUCGUGAGAACUGGUGACUGAGUUCUCGUUUAGUCUGACGGGACGGGAGUUUGUUAGUCAUUUGCCAGGUUUUACAUGAGUCGCCAUUAGACUGAAGAAACGCAUUGGUACAGUAAUAGGAUACUUAAGUACUAGAUUUAACAUCUCCAUCAAUCUUAUUACGUAGCCUUUUGUACAAAUCCCUGUCUUGAGGAUCGUGAGACUUAACAGAGACUUAACAAGUUUCCGUUUAGCAAUAUAACGAUCGCGCAUACCCUUUCGCAGAUCUGAUAUAAUCCAAAGUACUUUUUUUGCCUGGCCUGAUACGUAUUGAUUUGAUUGGAGCAUGACUGUUCAAAAUAGUAAAAAAUUUAGCUUCCCAUUCAGCACACAAAACUUCACAGACACAGGACCAAUCCUGUCGAGAAAUAUCGCGGCGAAAGGUUUCUCGAGUAAAAUUACCAAAGGUUUGGUAAGUUUUAUUGGAAUGCCCUUGGAAAGGAAAGUCCGGGGAUAGUUUACGACACACGAGGCUUUGAUCACUAAUGCGAGUAUUUAAAACUUCUGAACAGACUGCCCUGUUGAUUCAGCUUGAGAGUAUUACUUUACUGAUUUUAUUACUUCUGAACAGACUGCCCUGUUGAUUCAGCUUGAGAGUAUUACUUUACUGAUUUUAUUACUUCAAUUAACGACGAUGAUGAUUCAGUAAUACGAUCGGUUCUGUUAUAAGUUCUUGUAGCCUAUAGAUAUCAGACAUUUCUCAUAGUAAGGGUUGGAGUGGUACUGGGUAGAGGCCAAAUGCUAUUCAAGUCACCCAUUAGAUAGUAUUCAAAACUGGAAGAAUCUACUUUUUCGAUGAGAGUCUCAUAGUGCGAGAAAAGUUCGACCGAAGAGCAGGAAGGCCUAUACAACCACGAGAAGUGGGUUAGAGCAUGCUUUUGAAUUUAUUAACAGAAGUUCUCAAGAUUAUGAAAAAACGACAACUUUUUUGAUACAGGAGAUUUAGAACCAGGAGAUCAGUUAAAACUCUCUUUUUAAAGCACUUCAUUCUACCGAUGCUUUACUUCAACUUAAACCGCCCCAGUUCCAACUGCUCCCAUACCGCAGAAAUAUUCAUUUCAUUUCCAGCUUAUUCGUAUUGAGUCAAAGCCGGAAAUCUCAAUUACUAAUGUGUCAAUCUGCCUCUUUUAUAACUAGAUUUUUGACGGGAAUCAAGACAGGGACACCGUUGUGAAAAACGUAAUAUUCCCGCCGAUUACAGCACGAUUUCUCCGGAUUCUACCCUUAGAAUCGCACAACGAAUCUGCCAUAAGAAUGGAAGUUUAUGGCUGUGCAGGUAUUGUUAACUAUACAGGC